ACGCCGUGGUCUCAGCAGAGCAUCUUAAAUAUCACACCAUUUUCCUCACCUGCGCCUCCAAUCCAAAAAAACAUAAGAAAAAAAAUAUAUGUGAAAACAGAGAAACAAACACGGAGAGAGGGAGAGAGAAACAGCACUUUCGAGUCGUCGCCUUCGUAAACAGCUGUACGAAGACGAACUUAAGUUGGAAUCAGUUUUCACCCCCCAAUCGACUCUCUCUCUGAUUCGUCAUUUCGGUGGUCUUCUCACCAUUUUCAGCUCAACGAUUUCUGCUAUUCUCUAAAUCUUUCAUCUCUGUUUGUGGUUAAGUGGUCAAGGAAGGUUAUCUGCGACGGAUCAAAUUGGAAGAUGGGCUAUUGUUGAUGAUCUUUGCUGGGUGAUGUAACAGUGAGAUGAGAAACAGCCAUAUAAAGAUGGAUUUUUAGUGGUUUCCCUUUUUACCUACUGAUGGAACACAAUUUGACGAUAAAGACGUACAUGGCCAUCAUGGCCGAGAGGGAUGCUGCUAUUCGAGAUAGGAAUAUGGCCCUAGACGAGAGGAGAAGAGCCAUUGCUGAGCGAGACAUGGCAAUGUUACAGCGAGAUGCGGCAAUUGCAGAGCGGAACAGUGCCAUAGAUGAACGAGACAAGGUCCUUGCUGCCCUCCAAUUCCGAGAGAGUUCCAUGAAUGAGAAUAACAUAUCCCCCGAUUCACCUGGAAAUGGAGUUUUACGUGGUGGAGCAAAGCACCUUCACCACCACCAGCAAAUGCAUCAUUCUGUAGCUCAGUUGGCUGAAACAGAAUAUGAUCCAAGGAAAAUUCCAACAAGCAAUCCAUACCAGAGUACCGAAGUUGCUUGUGAGACCACCACCAAGCCCAGGAAGGUAAAGCAAGCGAAGGAGACCAAAACAAAGAAGCCGUCAAAGUCUCCCAGAAAGGGUAAAAGAGGCCAUGAAGGUGUAAGCCAAGCUGCCAUGUCUACGUCAAACGGUUGGGAAAACGAGGACGACUUGGUUGGUGAAGAUGAGGACCUAGAUGGACGGCUUGUGAUGUGGAAGGAUAAUUUGGGUUCAAACCAGGUCAACUUUGAUGAGUCUACCAUGCCAGUGCCUGUUUGCUCCUGCACCGGAUUACCCCAGCCUUGCUACAAGUGGGGAAGCGGUGGAUGGCAGUCGGCUUGCUGCACGACCACCAUGUCGAUGUAUCCUUUGCCUCAGAUGUCCAACAAACGUCAUGCCCGAAUUGGGGGCAGAAAGAUGAGUGGGAGUGCCUUCACAAAACUGCUUAACCGACUUGCAGCCGAGGGUCAUGAUCUGUUCACUCCACUUGAUCUCAAGGAUCACUGGGCCAAGCAUGGUACAAAUCGCUACAACACCGUAAAAUAGCUUGUGUAUUACUGGGAUAUCGUGAAAAAUAAGAAACUGAAUUAUGUCAGAAAAAAAUAGGGGUAUGUGUACUCUCCCUGUCUCGCUCUCUCUCUCAGUGGAUAUGGACAGCAGCAAAACCUUUAUAGGAUUAUACUUUGCACAGAUUUAGAAGCUGCAUGAUAUUCUGCUUUACUAGUGUUUCUUUUCCCUUGUCUUCCUUUCUGUAUUGCAAAACCUCUCUCCUCUCUCUCCAUCUUUGGAUAUGGUGGUUGAAGAAAAAUAGGGAUCUAGAUUGAAUAGAAAGAAAAUUGCUUUUGAUUUUGGCAGUGUCAUGGAGAAAGCACGGAAUGAGUUGUGCUCAUUGCUUGAGAUUAUUCUUUUUUUGUUUUUGUUGAGAAAAGCUUAAGAUCUGCUUCAGCCCAAUGAUUUAUAUAUAUGGUUAUAUAAAAUCAUUUAAUUUCUUAUCGAGCUAUCACUUAACUGAGAAGGCAGAUCAUGAUUUGGAAGAAAGACAAGACUCACAAUUGUAGCCCGCAGUUCUUGUUACAUGAGAAAUGCUUAGUAUUCCAACUA